AUGGAAUUAGCGGAUGACGACGAUUCAGAUCCCCAGACACUGGUUCGUGAAUUUGUACAUCCCGAUUUCAUUGCCGGAUCCAAAUUUGUGGCCAAACUGGCCGCCGUGGCACAACUGCAAACCCAUUAUCCAUCCAUCCAACUGGAGCGGAGAAUUCUAUCGAAACAAAAAGCUUGGCAAGUUGUGACCAAAGUGACAUGUCACACUCUGGUUCUGGGAGGGUUGUCCACCCAUGAUUUUCACUUGGCCAUGCUCAUUGAUGUGGAAGCGGAACGCCCCGAAGUGAAAGAGCUAAUAAUCCCUGAACAAGGAAAGGAGGCAUGA